GCGCGCGAGGACGAGCCUGCAGCGUUCGAAUCAAGCAAGGAUGAUUCGGUGGAUGAGGCAGCUGCGGAUCGCCUUCGGCACUUCGUUUCUCUGGCUCAUCUGCUUGAUUUACUUCACACAGAAUUUAUUGUAAGUCCACUGAGGCUAUGUUUAAUUGGAAGGAUAGAAGAGAAAUUCAUCACCUAG